UUUGCACGCCUGGUUAACAAUUCGAACGUUGGUUUGUUACAGGAUAGCGACAGGAGUAGCGUUGGCAGCCCUGAGCCAGCCACAGCAGGCACGCUCCAUGAACAUCAGAUGAUGCUGGACGACAUGAAGAACUCGCGGAAGAAGGGACACAGUCCCUCGCCUGAAAACCUUCACCAAGCGAAGGGUGCAUCAGUCCAGGAACAUCUGAAUGGGACAAUGGCUGGCAUGGUGACCCUGCAGAAUCUUCAGAAUCUGGCGAAUCUGCAAGACCUCCCGCAAGUCGCCUCUUUAGCCGCGGGUCUUCAGGGAAUGACAGCGGGGCUGGCGAACAAUCAGCUCAUCAACACGCCCUUGAAUCUCACUGUCAGCUCGUCCGGUGGCACGGUACCAACAGGCUCGAGUACGACAGCUGCAUCGCAUCUCCUUCCACCAAAUUCGACGCCAAUGGCGACAUUACCGCAGCUAUUAUCACAGCAGCAACCGGUCGCAAUGCCUCAAUUCAUCCUAAUGUCCGGUCAAUUGGUCCAAGGCAUUCAAGGGGCUCAGCUUCUUAUCCCUACGUCGCAAGGAAUUGCCACGCAAACUAUCUUGACGAUCCCCGUCAGUCACGUCACGAACAAUCAGAUGGUCAACUUGGCGCUCAGCAACGGCCAGAUGGUCUCCACGACGCUGGCGAAUCUUCAGUCCAUCGCUCAGAGUAUGCCGGGCACACCGACCAACAAUGGUGAGUUUACAGUCCCGACAAGUCCCAAUUCAGCAUCGAGACUGGGACUGAAUCCAGCGGCGCUGCCUCAUCUGCUGAGCAUCAGUUCGGCCAGCCAGCAGCUUCUGAACGCGAUGCAGCCCCAGCAACUGCUUCAGGCCGCACAAGCGGCCCAGGCCCAAGCCGCGCAAGCCGCGCAAGCGGUCCAGGCCGCGCAGCAGGCCUCGCAGCAACCGCUCCUGACGACGUCGCCGCCUCAACAGCACGCCCGUCGACACAACUCCCACAUGAAUCAUUACACGCCGACGGAGAAGCAUCACAGGGAGAGGCCCGAGCAAUCGUCGCCUUUGAACGAGUCGGUGGUGUCCGCGGCAUCGGCGCUGAACAGACUCGCGGCUAGCAACGGGGAGAUCAGCAUCACGACAACGCACGAACCGAGCAGCACCGGUUUGAAACAAUCGCCUGGCAGCAUGCACAGUAUGAAGGAGGACGAACACGAUCUGCUGAACGACUCGCCUAAUCAGCCGACCAUCAACGAGGCCACGAACAACGUUGUAGACGGCAUCAAUCUGGAAGAGAUUAAAGAGUUCGCGAAGGUGUUCAAGCUGCGCAGACUGUCGCUGGGUCUGACGCAGACCCAGGUGGGCCAGGCCCUGAGCGUGACAGAGGGCCCAGCUUACAGCCAAAGUGCCAUAUGCAGUGCCCUGGCUACCGAGAUGUACGCUGCCUCGCAGAUUGCCUUUCAGCAGCAAGCUACUACAUUCGAGAAGUUGGACAUCACGCCAAAGAGCGCGCAAAAAAUAAAACCGGUCCUCGAGACGUGGAUGAAAGAAGCUGAAGAAAGGUACAAAAGCGGGGCGAAUCAUCUGACGGAUUUCAUCGGGGUGGAACCCAGCAAGAAGCGAAAACGACGAACUUCGUUCACCCCGCAGGCCCUGGCACAGCUAAACGCUCACUUCGACUUACAGACUCAUCCUAGUGGUAACGAUGUCACAACAUUAGCGCAUCGUCUCGGAUACGAUCGGGAGGUGAUAAGGAUUUGGUUUUGCAACAAGAGGCAAGCUCAGAAGAACGCCGCGCGGAUGAUGUCGAAGACUAUCCACUAAAGCAACAGCCCGCAGCGGAAUUCGUCCCAAGAAAGGAAACAGUGAGCAAGAAAAGCUUUAAGGACUCGAUCACACGUUGAACAGAAGUAUUCCACGAGAUUUGGAUCACCUAGGACAUCAGAUUCCCUUCCCUAAAAGGAAGACAACCGAGUCUAAGUGUCGUAUUAUUGAAAUAUUACGAUUAAUCGGUGCGUUAAGGGAACACUUUAAAAAUUCAUGCUUUUCAGCCAGCGCCGGGCUUGAAUUUUUAAAAACACGCGCCGUAACCCCCCCGGUCGGCGUAAAGAUCAAUGUGAUUUUCAGGCGUAUACGAGACCCACCUGUAAAUAAUUUUAAUCUACGAAUAUGUGAUGUACAGGAGUCGAGCGACGGGUAUUGAUAAUUCUGUCCAGUCCUCUUCGACUCGUUCGAUGUCUGAUCGCAUCGAAAAUCGCGAGUCCGAACGGGUUUAUCGACGGUAGAAAACGUAGGUCGCCUUCCUAUCGACAGUCGAUUAGGUACCAACCGAUGCUACCUAUCUACCGACGUACGGUAAACGAAUCCUUACACACCGACGAAUGGUACGCGAAUACCAGCCCAUGGUAAAACAGAGUUUUAAAUUUUGCGAGCCCCUGAGUGACCUCUUUCCGGGUGUUCGCCGCGUUUUAUCCUUUUGAUAUUCGAGAGAAAUUUCUCAUGGGCUACGACCGUGCGCGACUGGUCGAUCGGGCAGCAAUUAUCACGUCUGCGUCUCGAUUCGUCAAUUUAGGGUAAGGAAUUCCGCAAGUAAUCGCACAGAUAAUACUAGUUCAUAAAACAAUUGAGAAGCUUCCAUCUACCGAGAAUCAUCUGUCCAAAGAGGACGAAGCACAAACGAGGAUCGUACGAAACGUAUGAUGAUCUUGACGGAACGAGGUUAUCCUCAUCCGAAGAAUGCAUCCAGAAUUAAGGAAUCACAGGAUGGACAGUGGGUCCACUGAACACAGAAAUGAAGCAACGAGAACAACAGUAUCAACUCAAUACCACCACGUUCAUCAUGCCACAUACAUGAUAAUAUAUAUACACACAAGGAUACAAUUCAUUUGUCGAGGAAAUAGCAACGGAAAUGUUUUACAGUACCGCCGAUAUCGUUUAUGACGAUCGUACCAAUUUAGUUCUGUUCUUUGUCGAUCGAACGACCAUUUUUCUUACGGGGCUUCGUUAAACUGUUUCCAACCGUAUUGUUCUCUGGGUGUGCUCGUCUGUAAAUUACGCGUGUAUCUCGAGAUCUGCUAAACGAAAAAAGAAAAAGAAUAAAAAAAAAAGGAAAAGGAAAGGCGAACGGUAAAGGUGUAAAGAAAAACGAAGAAAUGGAACUGAAGAAAUCUGUAGCGAGUAAAAUUAAAUGCAAUAACGAUUUUGAAAGUAUACUGCGAUCGUAAGGAUCCUCCUGAAGCUCUUAAAAUUGUAUUCGAACCAGAAAGAAAGGAAUGUAAAAGGCGAUCGAGGUUUCUGCAGGAUAGGAAGAAGAAAAAAGGAAACACUAGUCCGUAAUAAUCUGCCAUAUACGAGGUAUACCUAUUAAACAUUUACGCAUCUUUCGUUCCUAAAUGUUCGAUCUACAUGCCCGCUGGUGAUUGAAUCGAGGUUUCGAACUGAACGUGUCCCCGUCUGUCGCGGGGAGUUUGUAGCCGAAUCAAUUAAUCCAAUUUGCCCUUUAAUUGGAGACACGCAGGUUCCAAUUAAAGCAGGAACUAAAUACCAAUGAUUCGAAUGGAUUAGAAUCACCUUUAAUAUGAGUUUCAAAGCGCUGACCUGCAUCUUGGUCGGAACCGAAUCAAUUGGCCGCUCGAAGUCGCUGACGAGAGGCUAUCCCCACCACACUCACUGGCCACGCCCUCCAGUCUCCACGCUCCGCCCUCCCGUGCCGCCUCUUAUCUCUUUACUCCGCCCCCACGGUCAUACAGAACUUGCAAAUCUGCUUUCUAUCCUUCAUCUAACGGAAGAAGCUAACAAGGAGUAAAUAUUGCUCUAAGCUUGAUUUGCAACGGCAGAAGCGACAUUGAGUAAUCCAGUUGAAUUCAAUUCGUCCAAUCUGGGCAAUUUCAUUCGAGUCACCCUAUACAAAUUGUUUAUAAUAAAUGCGUUCUAAUACACGCAUCACAUGCAACGAGCAGAAAUGUUGUACGAUUCUGAUUCGGUUGCAAAUUUGUCGUGCGACAAACGCAGACUAAUUCGAGCCGAUGAAUCACGCGUUCACUGCUAAGGGGCGUCGAUUCGAAUCGAUGAUUCGAACGUUCGAACCUGUGGGCGGGGCCACGCGACGAUCAUGGACGAGCUAGUUCCACAAUUCCGCGGACGAAUUCCAUAUUUACGCAUCCAGAGGAAUGAUUCUUUCGACGUGCGAGCGAAUAUGCGAUUAUUCAAGCUAAAUAUCGACCACGAUUGACGAUAUUAGUCAUGUACUCCCGGUAAUCGAUAGUGAUAAUAGCGUUUCUUUGAAUGCGUUCCCGCUUAAGUAAGAAGUUCUUUCUUUCACGCGUCUAACUGAAGGUAAAUAGUCGUUUAAAUAGCGCGCCACCGACGUUCUCUCGGACAUUUUCCUUCUUGUGUAAUAAACGAUACUCUAGGCGACACCCAUCUCUCAUAACACGACGAUUUUCUUCGAUAUUUCAAACUCGAUUAAAUAAUUACCACAUAUGACUGUGCGUAUAAGAGAAAAAAAUAACACACAUAUACACACACACAUAAACAGAAUGUACUAUCCGAAACUACCCUUCCCGUUGUAUCGAGCUAAUCAUUACACGAUAACUGCAGCCAGACGACGUCGAGUGGUCGUUCGAGGUCAUCGGAGAAAGGGGGCGCGGCUUUGCACCCCCACCGGCGGCUUUAGGCCCUCCCUUUCGCGCGUGGACGCUCUCGAUUCGCGCCCGACGCGUCCGGAGGCGGGAGGCGUGGCCUCCGACUACCAAUCGCGGUCGACUCGACGAUAUUAACCACGAGAUCCUUACCGAAACGUAGCUAGGAGCGCGAGGGUAGCGUGUACAUAUUAAGGAGACACCUAGGGACUGUAAUAUUAAAUAAAAGCUACUAAUACUUUUAAUAUCGUAAUAGCUGCGAACAGCUACGACGAUUCAUGGGAAUGAAAAUUUACAUGGUUUAACGAGAUAAAUUUCUAAGGGUAAUGAACAAAAAAAAAAUAUGAAAAAAAGGUAAAUUACACACGCGUACUUUAAGGUAUGUAUUUUACUCCUACCGUUACGAUACGAUGCGAGCAAAGUGAUCUGUUCCUAACGAAGCACAUUGUGAAAGAGAUAUACAAAACGAACAAAAGUUUAAAAAAAAAAAUAAGAAAAGAAAUAAUAAGAAAGACGAUUACAGAACAAAAGGCGAGAAGUGGAUGACACGGUGUAGUAGCAUACGAGCGAAUAUGGCGGCACGGUUCCGGGGGAGGGAUGAGGAGGAGAAGGGGAGGGUUGAAGGGCGGGGAUACUAUUAAAAAUUCAAAAUUUUGAGUACUGGGGAUUGGGAGGGGGUAAGUUGUCAUUUUUAAAUAAAAAUGUGGCGAGAAAAAAUAAACACGUUUGUACAGAGAUAUUCCGGUUAUAAAAUUUUGUUAUACGAGAGAAAAUAAAGAGGGCGGGGGUUGAGAAUGACGCGUGCGCAGCGGAUGUUCGCGGACGAACAAUGACAAAAACAAUGUGAGAGAGAGAGCGAAGCACUGAAUAACGAAAAAGAGAGAGAGAAAAGUUUACGAAUCUUGUGUAUUUUCUUCGUGAAAUUGAUAUUCAAAUAGAUCAUUACGGAAAUAUAAACAUGAGUAUUACACACAAAAAAAAAAAAAUCGUGAAUUGUAUUCGUGAGUGUCAUAUUUCUAAGGAAGAUAGAUCCACGGGCGAAUGUUUUAUAACAGUUUCCGGCCAAAUCACUUGUUCAGGCUGUCCAAAAGUACGCGGUGAAAAAUAACGUUACCAGGAGGAAAAGAAAAUACGGAACGGAAACAAAAUACACGACGGACACACGAAAAAGAAAAAAUGGAAAAGUAGAGAAAAAGAAGAAGAAAAACAAAACGACGACGACGAACCACGGGAAGGCGGAAUUUUUUUCGUUUGCAAGCGAAACAAGAGGAAACUGCUUCUGAAACAUUGCCCAGCGAAACCAAAGUUCCUACUACGUUUUAUAAAGUAUAUAACUGAACUGCAGAACUUGAAUUGUACAUAAACGAUGGUUAAGCUAGCCAACACGAUUCACAAAUACAAUCAGGCGAGUCUUGACCACGUGCGAAUGACAAGAUGCAGGGUCAAUUGAUUCCACGUCGCGAUUUAUUCAUGCGGGCGUAGAUCCAGCGUGAGAGGAUCGAUCGUGGAUGAAACGAGAAUAGGAAACAAACGGGCGUAAAACGGUCGGUGAAUUCGCCUAACGCCUUUUCGAUCCUAAAGACGGGAGACAAUUGAUCGUGACAGCGCAUUAAACGACGAGCAUACGAUACAUACAGAACACACGCAAACAUAUACGUUGCGACAGUGGCACGUGUUCAACGUAACACACGCAUACGUUGGCAUACACACAGUUACAUUUACACACAGUUACAUUUACACACUCGGAACAGUCGAAUGCAAUUAAACACAUUAAGUAUACAAUUAAAUUAAGCAGCCGUAGCUUUAGCUUGAAUGUUAGCACCUAGACACACGAUGUAACAUUAAACUACGUAUUUAAAAGUGAACGGAGACGAGAAUCCUUAGCGGUUAAGCGAAAAAAAUACCUGUGUAAAAUCUAGUAGGUGUCCACAAGAAUAAAAUAAAAACAUAUAUUGUGGUACAAAUCACACAAAGAUUGCAUACCUUCAGGCCCUGACUGCGCAUUCCACCGACUCUGUACAUAAUACACUAUGUACGUCGCUCAUUUAUGUAUGAUUUCUAUGUAUAACGGAAUUAUAUAUUAUUUACACGAU